GGCCCCUCGGGCGGCGCUGGGACGGCCCGGGCAGGGGGAUGGCAGAGCCGGGCGGGGUGGCUUCUGGCCCAGGGGGAGCCGGGGGGAGCUCCGCGGGGUCUGCGGCCACGGACCCUGCCUCGCUGCCCCCCGGCGACGCUCAGCUGAUCGCCCUUAUAGUUGGGCAGCUCAAGAGCCGCGGCCUCUUCGACGCCUUCCGCAGGGACUGCCUGGCCGAUGUCGACACCAAGCCAGCCUAUCAGAAUUUGAGACAGAAAGUGGACAAUUUUGUAUCUACUCACCUGGAUAAGCAGGAAUGGAACCCAACAAUGAACAAAAACCAGUUGCGGAAUGGCCUGAGGCAGAGUGUAACUCAGUCAGGGAUGCUGGAAGCUGGAGUGGACAGAAUUAUUUCUCAGGUGGUCGAUCCAAAACUAAACCACAUCUUCAGGCCGCAGAUAGAGAAGGCAAUUCACGAGUUCCUGGCUGCGCAGAAGAAAGAAGAAUCGGUGCCAGCUCCUCCCCCAGAGCCUGAGAAUCAGGAUCCUUCUGCUCCGUUGCAGGAUGCCUCGUAAGUGCAUUUCUGGCUUUCAAGUGGCUGCAAUUGCAAAACCCAGGCUGAAUCCGAUUGGCAGUGUGCUGCAUAUUUGCCUGUUGCAGGACUGCAGCUUGUUUGCUAAUAUCAACCAUGACUGGGUGGGGGGAAGGAUUGGCAGAAGUCAUGUGUGGCUUCUACAUGGUUUGGAAAGAUAGGCUAAAUGUGGAAGUAUUGAUCUGCACAGAAGUAGCAUCUGUCUUUGCUAAGUAUGUGUUUGGGGGUUUGCCUCUCUUGGAGGAUCCUCUAGGGGGGAGAGGGUUCUGGUGUGAUAUUAGUGAAACUGGUGGUAGGAGUAUAGCGGUAGGAAGAAGGGCAUUUUGGGGUUGCUUGGUAUCCUGGGAGGCUGCUGUUUGCUAGAAAGCCUUCUGGGAAGGGGUCUGGAUAAAAGAGCAUUCAGCAUACAAACAUGAGGCUGAUCGCUUCUCAGCAAAAAGAUCAUUGAGCACUACAUGGUAGAUCAACUUUAUUAAUUCACAGUGCCUGUCCAUGUUUGAUACAACUGGAAGUACUAUUCAUUGCUGGUUUUCUGGGAAUAUUCAG